CGAAAUUCUUUAAAUUAUUUAAUCACAAACGGUGUACCGUGUCGUAUAGCACUUUCUUAAAUUUAAAGUGAAACUGACUAGAGUAGUAAAUUAGGCGCGAGACGUUCUGUCGGAACAGAAUUGUUAACUUGAUGGUAGAAUUUGUAAAUUCAGUGAUCUUUAUAAUAUUUGUGAAAUACUGUUAAAAGACAUCAAGUACCUUUUUAUAAAAUAUAUACAGAUAUUCUUCUCUGAACUAAUGUGUUUCCUAACAGUUAUGGACAGCGCUUAACCUAUCUUCUUAUUAUUAGGACGAGCACAAUGUCAUUUUAAAUGAUAAACUAUUAAAUGCAUGGAUAAAAAUUCCUUGACAAUUAUCCAGCAAGUAGCCAGAUAUUAUUAUUAUUCUUAAAUUAUCCAAUAUCUUCACAUAACUGUUAUUCAUCAGCUUUUUAAUAAAUAUGGUAAAUGAGCAGAGUCAAGUUGAUGCAGAUGUGAAUCUUUAUUUUGUUGUACCUAACAAGUAUAAAUCAGAGGAUGAUUGUAUCGAAGAUAUGUGGCAUGCAUUCAAUAAAUGUUGUGAGCAUGACUUACAACCAACGUGGAUUACGGAAAAAAAGUGUAACAAAAUGAAACCUGUUAAAAAUGAUGUUUUUGUAAUGGAAGAAUUUGAAGGUGAUGUAUUUGAGAAAUUAAAAACAUUUAAGUGCCCGAUAGUUGGACCAAAAUGCUUGCUGCUUUGUUUUGUUAAUGGGGAACCAAUUCCAGAAGGUACAAGUCCAGUAUAUACAACAACUAUGAGAGGACUUUGUAUAUGUGCUUCAGGAUUGUCAUUACAAGAAAAAGAACGCAUAGAAAAAUUGGUAGAAUACAUGGGUGGUAUUUUUACAAAACAAUUGCGUAGUCGUGUAACACAUCUUGUGACAGCAUCUGUGAUGUCUGCAAAAUAUGAGACUGCUAUAGAUAUGAAAAUACCAAUAGUUACAAAGGAAUGGGUUGAAGCAAUUUGGGAGACAAAUUUAAAGGAAUUUGUUAGGCCUGAUGACAGCAUGUUUAAUAAAUAUAAGGCUUCUGUAUUUCUUAAUCUGGUAGUGACAUCAACAAAUCUUCCAAAGCGUCAAAAAGAAGAAAUAAAACAUUUAAUUAAUGAUCAUGGAGGGACAUUUAUGGGUCCUCUUGAUGGUGCAAAAGUUAAAGUUGUACUUGCACCUGAAAAUAGUCCAAUAAGUGAAAAAUUGAAGUAUGCGAAACAAGCAAACAUUGCAUGUCUAGCACCAGAUUGGGUGUAUGAAAGUAUAAAAGUGGGCUAUGCUCUGCCCUUCAAAGAUUUUUUAAUUAAAUCAUUAAAAGCAUGUUCCACACCAGAAAAAUCAAAUGCAUUUGAAACACUUAACUGUUCUGCUAUAAGUUCUAUACCUUGCGAUAUACAGCAAGGAAAUUGUGUGGACGAAAGUAUGACGACGACUAUAAGUAGUUUUUCUCCAGCAGAUUCUCUGUUUAGAGAUACAAGUAUUAACACAGUGGCAAUUUUGGAGAGGCUAACUUUCAGUGAAGCAAAGUUGUCCGGUCCAUUUUUAGAUGGGUGUAAUAUUUAUCUUGCUGGAUUUGCUCCGAAUCAAAGAGACAAGCUUAACAAGAUACUAAAUGUAGGCAGUGCAACACGUUUAGAUGAUAUAUCGGAUGCUCUGACGCAUGUUAUUGUUGGAGAUGAAAAUAAAGCAUCUAAUGAUCUUAAAAUGAUGAAAUUAAAAGGAUUAUGUCCUUAUAUCUUAACUGUCGAUUGGUUGGAGGAAAGUAUGAAACUAAAACGACCUGCACCAGAAGAAAAUUAUUUGUUUGAACAAAAACAUAAUGCACCACAAAAAGUUCCAGAACCUCCGUCCCCAUUAAGUAAAAGAAAUUUACAAAUGCUACAGAAACCAAAAAAAGUUCCUAUACCAUCUUUCGAUAUAGAUAAAAAAUUGGCAGUGCUAGAGAAGGAGAAAGAGUCUGAUCUUAUAAAACAAUAUCUUCAGGAUACAGUUGUUGCAGCGAAUGAUACGACCAUACAAGAAUUUCUCAAACCACAUACACCCACAGCAGAAGAUAGAAAUGAAAAAACUAUAAUCAAUGAUCGUAAGAACCAAUCAAGGCAAGUGAAAAACACACUUUCAUUUGGAACGAUAGAAAGCAAGUAUUCUGGAGAUGACAGCGCAGUACCGAUCAGUCAGACAUCGACCUUAAAUGAUAGACUAUUUGAAGGGCUCACAUUCGCCGUGGUUGGCUUCACCGAAGAAGACAGUUAUGUAGCAGAAACUAUUGUAGCAAUGGGUGGUAAAGUGGUUUCAAGCUUGUUUGCUGGUAUACCGGACUAUGGGAUUGUACCAAAAUGUGGCGCAUUGUUGAAACAUACUGUGAACGAAAUUGUCACUGAUUUGUAUAUUGAAGAUUGUGUAAACCAGGAAGCGAUAGUUGAAAUCGUGUAUUAUCAUAGGCCUUUGUCCAUAAAGAAACAUUUGAAUCCAUUAACAGGCUGUGUUAUCACAAUGAGCAUGUACACUGGCGUAGAACGAACAUAUCUGUCAACACUGGCUACUGAACUAGGCGCUAUGUGUCAAGAUAUAUUUGUACGGAAGACUAAUCUUGAAAAAAACACGUAUGGAAGUACGCACUUAAUUUGUCCAACGCCGGAAGGAAAUAAAUACAAUGCAGCGGUUAAAUGGAAAUUGCCAGCUGUAACUGCUGAUUGGCUAAAAGCUUGUGCAGCUCAAACGAAACGUGUUGACGAAACGCCAUAUCUUGUAGGAGAAACUAUGGCACCUGAAAAAUCAAAUGAACCUAAUACUGCAAAUACAAAUAUAUCCAGCAGUACUUCAAGUCAAAUGGGUCCUCCAACUGAAGUGGCAACUAAAAAUAUUGUUACUCCAAAACGACAUUUACCUAAUUUACAAAGUCAGGACGGAAGUUCCGCUGAUACUCCAUUAAUAAAUAAGAGACUCAGUUUGCUUAUGAAUAAAACUCCUCAGUCACCCUUUCAUGUAUCAACUCCAGAAACACCUUACGGUCAAGUAUUUAAGCCAGAUCCUUCACCAGAUACAAGGAAAGGUUGGGUGAAGUGGGUUGACAAUUUUCCAGAUUUAAGGGUAGAAGAACCUCCGUUGAAACGAAGAGCGCUUAGUACACCUCUUUCCGAAUUGAAAAAACAAUUAUGGCAAAAAUUAAAAAAUCAAGGACAAGAUCCAAAUGACGAUGCAGAUGAAACCAUUAAUCAACCACCCGCUGAGGAAACUCCCGAAACUACGAAAACUAGUAACAAAAUAUCUCCUACUACACCUAUUAAUCGAAAAUUAGAGUUCUCUGACGAAAACACUCCAUUACAAAAUAAUGAAAUUAACAUGCAAAUUGCACAACUGCAUCAAGUACUUCAAAGAACAUCAAGCACUCCUGAAAAUAGGUAUUCCCUUUCCGGAGAAAAUGCAAAUACGUAUAAUGCAGAGCCUUCUGAUCCUAUACAAAAAUUCAUUGUAAAAGAUUCUCAACCCAUUGAUGCUAUUGUCUGGGAAGACCCAAGUCAUUCGAAACGCUCAACAAUGCACGAGGAACAGACUGAAAACGUUACUCGCGAUAACCAGACGGUAGAACAUGAAGAAGAAAAUGAGGAAGUAGAAGAAGAAUUAGAAGAAGAAGUAGAAGAGGAAAUGGAAGAGCAACCAAAAGAACCAGAGCCCCGGAAGAAAUUCAAAUUUAUGCUUUCUGGUAUAAAGGACAGAACAGCGUAUGAACAAGUAAUACAAGAUCUCGGUGGCGAGGUAUCAUCAGACGCUAAUUUUGAUAUAAGUGCAACACAUUUGCUUUGUAUACGACCAUCAAGGAAUGAAAAAAUGCUUGGUAGUAUAGCGUCAGGAAAGUGGGUACUGCAUUGUAUGUACCUACGAGAUUCUGAACAAGAAGGAAAAUUUCUUGAUGAAGAAAAGUAUGAGUGGGGCAAUCCAGAAAGCAAAGGUGUUAUACCCGAUCCUGCAGGAGAAGUUGAAGAAACAAUUGCAGCCGCAGCUUACAAAUGGAGGCUGCAAUUAUUAAAGAAACCAGCUGGGCCAUUCCACAAUAUGGUAGCUAUGAUAUUAGCUUCUGGAGAAAGAUACGAUCAAUUCAAAAGGCUAAUUGAGGCUGGUAGUGGAAAAGUUGUUCAGGCAAGACCGCCGUACGACACAAGCCCAACGGGGGAAAAAAUAACUCAUUGCUUCGUUAACAUAAGACAAGUCACUCAACCAAUUGAUUGGGCAAUGUUGGCAAGCAAAGGUAUUCUAUGCUUCAUGCCACAAUACCUGAGCGACUGUUUAACUUCGCAAACAUCAUUAAAUCCACGCGAAUGCGUAAUUCCAGAAUUUAAGAAGUAUUUAACGUUGCUACCGAAAUGACGUAGUAGUGACAAAUGGUUUUUAUAAGACUCUGUAUGAUAGCACUGGAAAACUAAUACGUGUACAUAAGUGCAAUUACAUUCGUCACAUUUUAUAAAUAUAUCUUUAUUAAUUUAAUUUUACAUAUUAUCCUAAAUACGAUCUCAAAAGAGAAUACAUAUUUUAAAGACCCAAGAAGCCUUCACAGUUUCGUUAAAAUGAAUUUAAAAUCUGCAGGCGUUAUGAAGAAAAUAUUAUAGGGAUCGACCUGAUACUUAUAAUCAGGAUCUAAUGCAACUUCAUAAUCUUUUAGUAUCGUGAUCACUGCCAUCAUAGACUGCAACAUGCCAAGCCUCAUACCUACAUUGUAAUUAGAAACAUGUGGUAAAAGAUUGUUCUAAAAAUCAAAAUUAUGGUAGAUACAUUAAAAAAUAUAUAUAUUCUUACCAACACAUGCUCGUGGACCUUCUCCAAAAGGCAUAUAUGUGAAUGGUUUAAUAUUACUUUUAUUUUCGUCGCUGAAUCUAUCGGGGUCAUAAGUAUCGGGGUUAGCGAAGAAUCUUGGAUCACGGUGGAGAGCAUACAGACACACGUACACUGGUGUUCCUUUUUCUAGUACUAUAUCAGUUCCUGGUAUCUACGAAUGAUAAGAAAAUACAUUUCACUUUGAAUGAAGUAGACAUUCCAUUGCGUCAGUGAUAAUUUAUUUCAUGUAUGACUCGCACAUUUAUAAAAA